AUGUACGCUACUACCGCAUACAUCGAUACUACAUACAUCACUACCACACCCAUUGCUACCACAUGUGGCGCUAUCAUAUACGUCAACACAUACAUCACUAUCCCAUCCAUUGCCAGACUCCUUACUCCCACAUAUAUUAAUACCACAUCCACUGUUACUGCAUCUGUUGCUAACACAAACGUCGCCAGAUACAGAACUCCUACAUUUGGCACUACCGAAUACUUCGCUACCACAUACUUCACUACCACAACUCUUUCUCCUACAUCCUAUCCUGCAAUCACAUCUCCUCCUACUCCCUCAUUAAUGGAAGUUGAUACAACACCACCCCUUCCCAAAUACCAACCCAAACUCGAUCCACAACUCACACAACCUCUGAUGAGCAUCAGAACCAGAAGGCGUCAACAUUUAAAGCGACGUAAGAAAACCAUGCAGGAGGAAGAUUGGACAUUCGAAGUAGAACAACACGAGAAGGAAAUUUUAAAGAAG